AGCUUCGCCGAGGAGAAAGAGAGGAGCUGGAAUCAUUGGAAAGCCGUCAGCGACUGCUGAAAAGCCUCUAGUCAUGUGAAUAUAUAUGUGACGUCAUUUUGUUGAAUAAAAUGCGAAUACGCGGUAUGAGCGACGCUCGAUACAAUUUCACGAGGGUAAUGUAAGAACAGCGGGGAUAGAUUUAUCACAGAGUCAUAAUUAAAAAGGACUUGUAGCCUAGGUAUACUCGCAGCAGCAAUCUCAGAAGAACGGUUGGGACUCCGAGCGUUUUGAAGUCGGACAGGUAUCGAUAUCAAAGAACGUGACUGAUAAACCGCACGCGCUUAAAGAACUUGGGCGAAUCUCACCCGUACAGCAUUUGCCAUGGAAACCACUGGCAACAUUUCGGACUUUCUCUAUGCGCUUUCUAACCCAGUGAUGUCGAACAGCAGCGUAUUCUGCCGAAACUUCAGCAACAGCUCUAGUCUCGUGAACAUGAACAGCUCCAGAUGUGACAGGACGGCUGAGCUGGACAAAAGCUCAACUCCUGUGAUAGUGGCGAUCAUCAUCACUGCAUUAUAUUCUAUAGUGUGUGUGUUGGGACUAGUGGGCAACGUCCUCGUCAUGUAUGUUAUUGUAAGAUACACCAAAAUGAAAACUGCGACCAACAUCUACAUCUUCAACCUUGCUUUAGCAGAUGCCUUGGCAACAAGCACUCUUCCCUUCCAGAGUGUGAACUACCUGAUGGGUACAUGGCCUUUCGGAGACGUGCUGUGCAAGAUCGUGAUGUCCAUUGAUUACUACAACAUGUUCACCAGUAUCUUUACCCUCACCACUAUGAGUGUCGACCGCUACAUCGCUGUUUGCCACCCGGUUAAAGCCCUGGACUUCAGAACCCCCAGAAAUGCCAAGAUUGUCAACGUGUGUAACUGGAUCCUUUCAUCUGCCAUCGGUCUCCCAGUCAUGAUCAUGGCCUCCACCACUGUUGAGUACCACAGCGGCUCGUUUACAGUCAUUGACUGCACUUUGCUCUUUCCUCACCCUCCCUGGUACUGGGAGAACCUCCUGAAGAUCUGCGUCUUCAUCUUUGCCUUCAUCAUGCCCGUCCUCAUCAUAACCGUCUGUUACGGCUUGAUGAUCCUCCGCCUGAAGAGCGUGCGCAUGUUGUCUGGCUCUAAGGAGAAGGACCGCAACCUACGGCGCAUCACCCGCAUGGUCCUGGUGGUGGUGGCGGUUUUCAUCAUCUGCUGGACGCCGAUCCACAUCUUUGUGAUCAUCAAGGCUCUGGUGACCAUUCCCAGCUCACUCCUGCAGACCGUCACCUGGCAUUUCUGCAUCGCCCUCGGCUACACCAACAGCUGCCUCAAUCCGGUGCUCUACGCCUUCCUGGAUGAGAACUUCAAGCGCUGUUUCCGGGAGUUCUGUGUUCCCAGUCCCUCCGUGCUGGACCUGCAGAACUCCACUCGCACCAGGAACCCCCAGCGUGAGGGCCAGUCCAGCGGCAACACGGUUGACAGGACAAAUCAGCAGGUAUGACUAGUCCUGGAGAUGUCAUCACUGGAGUCCCGCUGCCAACCCAGUGUUGACAUGAGUUCGGAGGUCACGCAGGUCACCACAGGCGUCUAACACCUUCAUCUAUAGGAGUUGCGGUAGGUUGAACCUCUUCAAGCAUCUUGUUAGGCCUCCCCUAAAGAGCCGUUUCAAAAUUUUGGUACGGAGAAAGACUGUUAAAGUAGAUUUCAGUGUGAAAUAUGAUAUAUACUAUUGACCCCAAAUGAUCCCAAUAAGCUGAGCUUGUUUCACUAUCUGUGAUGUUCACAGUCAUACAUCUGGUGUAUCUGUUAGGUUACAACAUUCAAGAACUGUAUAUAUAUAUAUAUAUAUAUAUAUAUUCUCUUAUAGUUGCAUCUUAAGUCCCCUUUAACAUUUAAAUGUUACUUAAAAUUCUAUAAGUAUAAUUAUUUUAUAAGUGAUAACAUUGCUUUAUUUGUAGAAAGAAGUAUGUAUUCACUUAUACUGACAGAAAAUGUAAAUUAUGUAACAUAAAAUGAUGUUUUUUUCAAAAUGUUCAGCAUUCAGUGUCUUUCCCUUAAAUCAUAUUUCAUUUUUAACCCACUUUCAUGGACAACAAAGCAAUUUGGUUAAGCUGUCUUAUUCAAUUAUAUUCCUUUGGAGUGAUUGAAAUUAAUCAUCAAAUGACUGCUGGAAGUGACGUGCGCACUGUUUCUCUGAUUUACUUCAUAUAAAAGCUGAAAACAAUAAAAAAAAUUAAAAAAAACGCCUCUUGCAACAAUGGAUAAUUUUCAUGCUUUGGUGGUGACAAAUGUAUUGUGCUUGUACUCUGAUGCAAAUCUCUUUUACUAAUGUAAAUGUCCAAUGUAAUUGUCUGAUUGUCACUCACAUUAAGACAUUCUGUCUGAAAAAAGAAAAUGUUUUAUGCUCUAAAAUACCUUGAAGAUCUGUGUGCUGGUGUUUCUGUAAGUUUUUAUAUAUGCAGCAUUAUAAAUAAAUCAUUCACAACAGAA